ACUAUAAAGACAAGCCGACAACCGACGACGAACCAACAAUCAACGACAACUGGAACUGAGAACUGAGUUCUGUUAAUUUUGUAUUUGUAUUUACAGUUUAUUACUUUAUUUAAUUUCAGUUAUAGUUUAUGUAUCUAAAAUAUUGUUGUGUCUAACCAUACUUGCAUAUCCUUCUCUUAUGGUACGAUCACAGUGAAGUGAAUCACAGAAGAACAUUGAUAAUGGGGUUGCUAUCAAUUUUAAGAAAACUUAAAUCUUCUCCAGACAAAGAAUUAAGGAUUUUACUUCUUGGUUUGGACAAUGCUGGAAAAACAACUCUUCUGAAAAAACUUGCUUCUGAAGAUGUGACUCAUAUAACACCGACUCAAGGCUUCAACAUAAAAUCUGUUCAAUCUGAUGGAUUCAAACUUAAUGUUUGGGACAUUGGUGGGCAGCGAAAAAUCAGACCUUACUGGAGAAAUUACUUUGAAAAUACAGAUGUUCUGAUUUAUGUGAUUGAUAGUUCUGACCGCAAACGCUUGGACGAAACUGGUUAUGAACUUUCAGAAUUGUUGAUGGAUGAAAAGUUGGUCGGAGUUCCAUUGUUGGUCUAUGCCAACAAACAAGAUUUGUUACAUGCAGCCUCUGCCUCAGACAUUGCUCAAGGUCUGGCUCUGCACAUGAUAAAGGACCGACCCUGGCAGAUACAAGCUUGUAGUGCUACAGCUGGAGAAGGAGUCAAGGAUGGAAUGGAAUGGGUGAUACGGAAUGUAGGGAAAAAGAAAUAAAACGAUACCUGAAGUGCCUGAAUAAAUUAUCUACUACCGACGAAUCUGAAGAGAAAAUUAGUGCCUUCUCUUGGGUAAAUUGUGAGAAACAUGACGACUAGUAGGCCUAUUUGAUUCACAAAACAGAUAUAGGUAAUACUAUUUCUAUUUCUUUACAAAUUUUUUAUACCAAAGAUAAAUUAUUGUUAUAUUAUGUUUUCUAGUCAACUACAUUUAGCUUGGUUUUGUAAUUAUUUUAUAUUAAAGUCCAGUCUGCUUUUAUAGACUUAACUUAA